CACCCUACCUGUGCGGUUUGUAUGGUCGCACGCGAUUGCCCGCAGACGUUCGUGUUUACGUGUUGUUUCUACCGGAAUUCUCGCCCUAAUGUGAUCCCACGAGGAGCGCCCAUUGGUUUCGCUCUGCUUCGAGCUAUCUGUUGUCGGCGACGAUGGAGCUCGAACGCCGGCUACCAGCAACGGCCAACGCAGUCCUCAAGCCGUGUAUGGACAUGAGGCAGCUCUUCGUGGACAACAUCUUUGUCGAAGAUGACAUGCUGUGUUAUGACGCAGGGUCUGAGGGCAACCCUGGCUUGUACGUUGGCGUGGAGCCAGCGAGUCCAUCACGAGCUUACUUCGAAGUGGAACUUAUCGGCAUGGGAACGGCCGACCUAGUCUUGGGAUUCCUCUGCCCAAGUGGUACGGGAAUGCACCAGUGGGACUGUGCGCUGUCGCUUGCUUGCCGAGUCAGCCAGGGCAGGCUAUCGGAGUGUGAAAGCUGUAUGCCUGGUGUGGCCUGCAGACCCGGUGACAGGAUUGGAUGCGGCCUCGCCUUUGACCCCAAGGUGCGGUUUCGCAACUGGGGCACCGUUGUCACUUUCUUCAUCAUACAUAACGGCAAAGAGGUCGGGAGGUCCACGUCGUUGGUGUCUGGACGUCUCCAUCCUGCCAUAGUUAUGCGAGAUCCUGGGCAUCAGGUUCGGCUUCUGGGUGACGGGCGACCCACUUCGUGCUCGCUUACAGAGGAUGCACUCAUGUGCGUUGACUCAAAUGAAGACGAGUGGCUACGGCUACACGACGUCCAUCUUAACGGACCCGUGUUGGAGUACUCGGGCCGAGGUACCAGCAUGGUAGACGUCGGCUUGGCUCAGACCCGCAGUCCACUCAGCACCACGAACCACUACUUCGAGCUGGAAAUUCUAGACCCCGGAGAAAAGUGCUGCAUUGCCAUUGGGCUGGCCCACAGGGAUUAUCCCAGGUACAGGCAUCCUGGCUGGAACGAAGGGUCCAUUGCCUACCAUGCAGAUGAUGGCAAGAUUUUUGUAGGAAGUGGUGUGGGAUCACGGUUUGGACCCAAGUGCCAGAAAGGAGACAUCAUGGGUUGCGGUAUCCUGUUCCCACGCGAGUAUGUGGAGCCCAACGAACCCAACAGAGACGCCAUAGACAACGAUGACAAGGGCCGGUUGGAAGGGGACGACAACGACGAGUAUGACUUCAUGAAGUACGACGUGAUUCCCCUUGAAGGAACCCUGGUGCAGGUCUUCUUCACCCUAAAUGGCGUCCACGUUGGUCGGCGAGAAAUUGCCAUGCCCCAGGGCGGUUUCUUUCCGACUGUGGGCAUGCUGAGUCGCAAGGAGAAAGUAAAGGUAGACCUACAUCCUCUAACAGGCUGAGAGGGUUGCAACGCCGCACCAGCGACUAACACAUCAAGCGACAGACUCUGCGCCCGUUUUACAUUGAGCCAAAGCAACGUACGUUGUUUCGAACUUACUGUUGGAAGUGAGCAGGUGCUGUUUUAUUCGUUACCGAUCCUGGAUCUGCCACUUUUCUGGGUAUCCUGUAACAUCCUGCAGAUGUGUUGAGCAGCGCUCUCGCUGGUGCACGUCAGCGGAGGUGAUGAAUUGUCUGGUGUGCAAUGUGUGUGCGAGUGACGAAUGAAAUAUGAGUCCGCCUUCAGCUUACAGCUGCUCACCUCGGUUUGAGGGAAACAUUUUUGUCUUGAAAAUCAAAAAAAAAUCAUCGAAGUAGAACAUAUGGCGGUGACUACAGUGUUACAGACGUAGGCCUUUGGCCACUGUGCCAAUUUGUAUAUAGCAUGGCAAGGUUCUUGCCACGGCCAUGGGCCUCGUCCGUGAAAAGUUCAAAAAGCAAGGGCUGACUUACCCAUUUUUAUUAGUACCAUUUCUAGUAGCUGCUGUGUUUCACAAAUCAACUUGAAAUAUGAGAAAUAGUUGGGCGAAUAAAUUAAUGAUGUGGCUUGGCAAGACUUUUGGUGCUGAUUCUAGUCACGUGCAUCUGGCCACUGCCCCAUCACGUUUUAUGAAGCCGUACGACGUUUCUAUGCAUGCGGGAAAGUUUGUUUACAAAUUACUGCAUGCAAUCAAGAGCAGACUUAUUUCACAUCUGACUGUCAAGACUAGUGUGUAGCCACGUGAAAUUUCAUUUCAUGUAACUUGAGUAUCGUACCAGAUACAUAGACUGGUGCUGCAGCUUUACGUCAGAGAUUACAUGAAGCAGAGGAAUCAGUGUUGCGAUUGGGUAAAUGGAAAAGUUGUAGGCACCGGCUCACUUUUAUUCUUUCCUUGAGAGACGAGUCGUUUGUCAUCGCCCUAACUCAGGUUCAGAUCGCUGGGGGAAUUGCGCAUUUGGCGUGCCAGCCCCACUCCUGCAUUUUUAGAGAACAUUGCAGCAAGGUGUGUGCAUUAUGAAAGUUACCAUCACUGUGCUAUAGAAAUGUGCCUUCGCUUGUACGCAUGCCGGUCCACUUAUUCUCGAAGGGUCAUACGUAAAGACGUGUUGCGUCUUGUAUGCUUGCAGAGCUAUGGUUUAGUGAUUGCAUCAUGUAUGGAACAUCUCGCAUCACACCGAACCGCUUCGAGUGAAUCACAAAUCUUUCUAACAAAACAAUUAUAAACUGGUAUUCUCUUUUGGAAAAUCCACUGUGUUCAACUGCAAGGGUGUAGACUCUGCGCGACGUAAUUAAUGACCACUCGAAAAAAGGUGUCUUGCCUAAUGAACUGUGUGAAUUGUGUACAGUUGACAAAAGUCUUCGGUUUUUCACCCUAUUUUGCUUGUUGAGAGCUAUUUUCGAAACAGCAAUGUGACUGCAAUACUAUUCUGCGGAGCCUGAUGCUGUUUAUGUGCUGAACUGUCUUGAAAUGUGUGGCUAAUUACCUAUGGUUAAAUUCGCCCAAUCAGUCGCUAUGGCUGUGAACUUGUGUGGUGAAUGUCUCAAGUGUAUGUUAAUGUACAGUUAUUUUAUAUUGUCUGAGGUAUGUUACCUCUCUUGUAAUUAGAAAAAUAACAAAAAAGAACUAGUGGUUGCAUUAAGAAUGGCUGGGAACUCGCAAGCUGGGUCAAUUAAUAUUGGCUCUGCUGACUUUCUUGAUAUACAGUGGCUCACAACAGCAAAAGUUAGCCUGUGCUAAUUAAUGUCAUGAAGAGAAUGCUUUGUGUGAGUGUGUGUCUUUGCAUGUGUGCAUGUGAGUGCGAAUGCCAUCAGCAAACUAGCCAAUCCAAGAAUCGGUCUGUGGGAGCCAACACCCUUCCUUGCUUGUUUUUUUCAUCCUGCACGCAAGUGAUACCUUACCUAAUUCACGUAUAAGCUCAUCUUCUCAAGUCUAGUAUCAGUCUAACUCCAAUGUGAAAGGGAACACUCUAACACUCGUGAAGCUUUAUAAGCAAGAUCUCCAACACUUACCCUAAUCACGGGGGCAGCUUUCGAGCUGGUAACAUCGCGAGUCGCUCACAAGCAUGUUGAAAAAAUUGGGCAGUGCAGAGAACCGAGUACGAGAGAAAUUGUGCUGGCAGCCCAGAUGUCAAUGCCCUAAAUAUUAUUUUAUUUCUAGGUCUCUUGGUUAGGUCAAACGAGGUGUGUAGAAUGAAGUACAUUGACAAGUUCCGCAGUCUUGGGCAGAUACUGUGAACUAGUUAUUCAAAAUGCGCUACAGGAGAUACUAGUAUUCACUUACUAUUUUGUCAUGCAACUUCUAACUAUAUAACUUGUCACUUUUUUUAUUCAAGUCACUUGUAGCUGUAAAUCUGUCGCAACGUAAUGGCAAAGCUACUUCGUUAUAAUAAAGCACAUAUAGUUGUAUCUAAUGUACACUGAUGUCAAUGAAGCGUAAAAGCAACACAAAAGAAAAGGUGGAUAACUGAUGGCUAUAUUUAUCACAGAAAUUUGACGACAUUCGUUUGCCAGUACUUUAACAUAAAGGGACCCUCCAACACUUUUCGAAAUAGAUAAUCGUCGGAAGGCUUCACUAAAUGAGUUUAUUGCCUCACAAAAGUUUCCAGAAUCCGUCCAGUACAAGCGGAGUUAGAAAUAUUUGUUGCACAUUAUAAUUGUCUUCUCUUAUCUCUUGUCCCAACAAACGCACUGGAAGCUGGCAGGGAGGGAUGGCACGGGGAAAAAAUUGAAGGACAUCUUGUGAAUUCCGAAGUGUGUUCGGCAAAUGCCUUUGCUCAUUGAGACGGAGUCGAUCAGAAUGGAACGCAAUGCACGCAUCGCCCUUCUUGCAUGAUUAGGCAUGCUGGGCACAGUGGCACUACGCAACCAAAAGUGCAAGCAGUGUACAGUGUGACACGACCAGCAAUCAUUUGCGCACCCCAGUGGCGACCUGGCACCGUGCCAAGGCACGGAUGGAGGGAUGGAGAAACGAAAGUGAGCAUGAAACAUUAAAGGCUUUCACCUUGAAAGUGAGCUAAGGUGCAGGUCAUGGCCUUGAGCGCUCUUUUUUUUUCUUCCACAAUCACGCGCCUUGCUUUCACUGUGAUCGCAAGUGUAUACGCAGGCACGUGGAGGGCUCCCGUGACAGCCGCAGUAACUACGCAAGUCAUGAUGCUCAGAUCAGCUAAUAGUUGUGAAUUUGGGUAUAUGGCAUGGUGGCGUAGGUACAUGGCAUCAUUUGUAGAAAAAAAAAAAGGAAUGAUCUCUAGCUGACUUCGAGAAUGGACUGUAAAUUUCAUGUUUGGCUCGGGUGUUCUGUGUUCUCAUGAGCCUUGACUAUCAAUUGGCAGCAUUUUCCAACCAUGCUCAAAAAGUGUUGCAGGGGCCAGGGCUUUUUUAAACUAAAAUAUACCGUUAGUGUUCAUCACAUUUUAAUUAUUGGUAACGGAAGAUACCCCUACAUGAUCGGCAGUAACAGCAACUAAAUUUGCAUUUUUGAGACUUGAAACAGUACUUUUCUGCUCCAGGUGACGCAAUUGCUGUUACCUUUUGCUGCAUUAGUGUCCAUCACUGGUGGUUUAGAUAUCAUGUAGAAUCGAAGCAAGAAAACUUGGCACCUGGAAAUUUCUUGGCAGUAUUGCAGUGUAAAUGCAAAUGUCAGCUAGCAGCAUUUGAGUUUUUACUUUAAGUGCAGGUGUUCCUUUCCAUGCUCAAAAAGUGCAGACGCUCCGGCUGUAUAAAACAGAGGUACUUUAAGUGCAGGUGUUCCUUUCCAUGCUCAAAAAGUGCAGACGCUCCGGCUGUAUAAGACAGAGAAUUGCAGGAAGAUGUAGAUUCUUGGGGACUGACUGAGGCAAAAUCCCUUCAUGACAUCUCCUAGGUCGCUUCCUGUGUAGCAUUUCACUUGUAAAUGACUUCAUGGUUGCUGGUAGCGUUGCUUCACAGCAAAAAAAAAAAAAAAAACAGAGCUUUUUUUUUUUUGACGUGUGUGUUGUUUGUAGCAUGUGCAUCGUGUUGCAUCUAUGGUUUAUAUAUGUCUCCUUGCAUCCACUUAAAACUGCGCUGCUUGCGUGACACUAAUCUGUAUAAGAUCCGGAUCUGGUUAUGCAUUAUUGUAACAUAGUUCACUUCUACAAGAGCCAAAGUAGAGACUAUUUGGUUGUGCAUAGUCGUUACUUGGAACAUGCUGCUCAAACACAAUAACUCACAAAAAGAAUGUGACAUGUGCGCUUGUCUUGUGUACAUAUGGGCCUUCUUUUUGUCUGCAUUUCUUUGCAUUCGAGCAGCGCAUUGUAAGUAUAAACUAUAAUUCACUUCAUCUGCAGGCAGGGUGCAGGUACCACUCGACUGGCGUUAGUCACACCAUCCAAAUGUUAAAGGGACCGACAACCAACUUAUAUGAUUCCCAUUUUCUAUAGCGCAGUAGAAAAAGUUACCGAUCGAAGUGUGUAAUCACAGAAUGGUAAUUCAGAAAAGGCCAUGAAGCACUUGCAGUUGGAGGGCUUUGGAUUUCAGGCAAGCGUGAUUUCGUAUACACGACACAUGCUAGAAACAAUGGACAGUGAUUACUGCGGCAGUUCGUGCUCGUGUGCUGCUGUUUGCUGGGCAUGCACGCACCUUGCGCACAUGCGCUGCGUACCAACAUGUUCGGCUAGUUGCUGAGCAUGCAGUGCCACUUCCCUGCGCUAACUCUUUCUUUUUGUAGCAGUGCUGUUAAGCUUUUUCCUGGGAUGUGAGGCGUUCGACAGAAACUGUCAUCAUCGUGAACCGGUGGGGGCUCUUCUCGUCCCUUUCUUCAUCAUCUGCUUCACUGCGAAAACGUGUGCGCCGAUUUGUGCAGCGGCGGAUGCAGUAGCGCUGAUGGGCGAGAGAAGGAGAAUGGAGGGAAAGAAAGAUAAAUUCUUGUUGAAAAAUAUUUCUUAGCGAGGUGGAAUUCGAUGUCGCGUAACCGCGAUCCGAAAGGAGCAAUUUGAACCACUCGGCUGCCCAGACACACCAGCCGAGCAGUGUGCAGUAUAGCAGAGACUGCUAUAGUAAGGCAGGGUGGUGGGAAAGAGAAGCGAGUUGAGGGAGGCAAGCAGGAAGGGAGAGUAAAGCGUAGCAUACAAUGAAAUAUAAAUAGACAGGAUGAGGGGGAAAGAGAAAUAGAGAGAGAACCAAAGAAAGAGUGAGAAAGAAAAAAAUAGACAAGUGAAAAAGAAAUACAAAUAAACAGUGAAGUAAAGGACAAAUAAUGGAGGAAACAAAGAGGCAGAAAUAAACGGCAAUGAAGAAGGCCGCCCAGCUCCAUAUUUUCGUCACGGUUGGCACCUCUAGCUAAGCUGCUCUAAAUUUUUUUGAAGGCAGUGCAGAAUUCAGCAGCGGUGCACAGUUAUGUACGCAUUCUGAUCUUAUUUUUGGCCCUCGUUCUAAAAGCAUCAGACUGCAUGCAGCGAAGUGAAUGGCUCCUUAAUUAACUUGGUGUCGAGGCUAUUGUGCUUGGCUUCUUCAUAUACCAUUAUUACAUGUGCGUGUUUGUCUUUUAAACACCAUUAAAAAAUAUAAAUCCUGCUCAGACCACGUAAAAUAUGCCCGAAUCUUUCACUGUAAUUUAUGGCCUUUUCGUUUCCACCAGGAUCUAAGCACACACUCUGGCCAGUUGUCAGUCCCUUUAAAGAAAAAGGAACUUCGUGCAUUCAACCCUCGGCUAUCAGUGUUGAUGACGGGGUAAACGUGUCUUAACGUAAGAUUUCCUUUUUUUUUUGUUUCUGCAGUGAUGUUAAGAGGCAGAAUAGUCAGCUAGCCACAUCGGCUAUUGGGUAGAAAAGGCAUAGAGUUUCCUAAAAUUAACUAGAGAGGACUCCGGCGCUGCGAUCGUUCAGUGACCAUGGGAAUGAUGGGUAGUACAAGGAUUUGCCUAGUCUUCGUACUUGCGGGUGACAAAUUGCACUCGGAGCUUCGUUUACUGUCGUGUUUUGGUUUUGUUUCGAAGGAAAAAAUGAACCCCUUUGAACUUCGUCACCCGAUUUGAGAUGGCAAGCCUAAAUGAACAAGGUGGUGCAGUGCAACUGCUGAACAUUUGCUGAUUUUUGUUUCCCGAGAAAACAGCUCCAAGCCAUACGAACACACACGGAGCCAGAAGUACGAAGAUUAGACAAAUCGGUGUACUACCCAUUAUUCCCAUGCUCGUUGAAGCGCCGUGUGUUGCAGCUUUCAUAGACACUAGCGCCAGAGUUCCCUCUAGUAUAUGUUCAGAAAACUCUAUGAGAAAAGGAGCUGUCUUGUUAAUGAACAUCUUCUCGUCAUUGUAAAUCGCUACGGAGACACUCUCUUUGUCUGGGAGCAGAUAUACCAGUCUUUCCUGUAAUCUAGUCAUUAUCAUGAAGUCUGGUUGCUACUUGAAAGCAAAGCACAUGGCUGCCUGAUUUUUGUCAGAGCGUUUCUGCUUCAUCUAUAAAAUGCUACGCUAGCGAUUGCAGGGCCACUGAAAUACUUCCGUCACGUACGAGAACAGCGCCAUCUUGUGGAAUGCCUCUCCCACUAGCAGUAGGGAGCGCAUGCUUAGCCAGAACCACAAGUGCCUUUUGUAGCUUGUCACAAGCCGCCGUGCGCGAGUAUUCUCGGCGGCUGUCACAAGUGCUAGAUGUUCCUUUUGCAUGUGCAUUAUCACUUGCUCGUUUCUUGUCGGAGGUUGUUCUAUGUAGGUUUUGCAAGUGUUGUGUGCUGCAGCUAUAUGUACGAAUGGGAAGCAAGGCGACAAGCAGUGGUAACUGCGUUUUUGUGCGUUUUCGUGUCCGGCCAAUCGGUGCGACAUGCCUUGCGCCCUUGACAGGUGAUGCUAUUGAGGCUACGGUCUUACAGCGCCUGCAUUUGUGAUACUAUAAAGAAAUCAAACAGAUGUGAAUGUGUUGUGCAGUGGUGGCAUCACAUUGGCAUUUUUACAUUACAGUUGCGAUGCGUUUGUGCUGACUGUGAGAAUAAGUGCAGUGAGGCUUUUCUUUUUUUGUGUGUGUUCAGCCUGCAUAGCACGCCGCCUACUACUGAUGAUCGAAACAGUCUGUGCCACGUAUCAGAGGCAAAAUGUUAACAAUCUGUACGUGACAUGAUGUACUUGCUCCAUAUGUUUAUCAAUUUAACGCUGAACAAAUCAUUUCAUAAACAGAGCUAAAACAAGUUCACUGCAGAACACUCAAUGAUAACUAUAGCUAUACCACGGGCAUAGGUAGCUCUUGCAGUAUUCUUUCUCAUUUAUGAAACAAAGAACAUAGCUAUCUCUUCUUUUCUAAUACAACAAUGCAAAGGUAGGCCUCACUAGCACUGACAUGUGUGUUUUAAAUCAAGCAAGGCUGCAGGUAGAGUAUUGCAAUAUUAGUACUGGUAGCCGCUUUAAAAUGCGUACAACUCUGCAGCUCUCUGUGUUGCUCAGUAAGCACUUCGUCACAGCUGUGCUUCGCGGUUUUGCUGAUAGAUGCUGUGUACAUACAAUGUAUAUAAAUUAGGAGCUGAAAUCUGCUCACACCGAAACUUUCUUGGCUUCUUGCAUUCGCGUCAUGUACUUAUCUUGAAAUAAUGUCCGCUUCUAUGGUGUUUUCGGAUGUGCAUGUCCCAGUGUUGGAUGCGGCAGUCGGUUAACGUCUGCGGCUGCUGCUUUUGAACUAAGCCACGUGGAAGAUAUCAUAGAAGCCUCCAUUGUGUCACAUAAACUUUUAACUAACUUAACAUAACUUUAGAAGUGAAGUAAGUGGGCACGUGCAUGCGUGUUUUAUGUUGAAUCAGUGUGUUACAUUGUUAGUCGUUUUUUCCCCUGUUAGAAUAUUUUGGGCAAUAGAAAGAGACAUUUCAAACACGCAGUUGGAGACAGCAUUACAAGCUACUGCCGACGGCACUGUGGGACUCGCUGCAUAUGGUUGAUGCUCGCAUCUGAUUUUCAUUAUUGAAGCAGUCAUGCAUGUACAGACAUAGGGGUAUGUAAUUGCAAUAUUCGAAGCUGAAUUAAGUAGUUCCAGAAGGAUACCUGAACAGCUUGUCUGGCUGUUUUAAAAUAACAGCCUUCAUCGCAACCGAUGUAAAACAAUCUUCACAUCUAGAGCAUUCAUGUUGGAAGGCUCUAUCAUCACAUUAAAUAUCAAAGCAAUGUGUAUCGUAAGUGCAAGUGCAGCCUUUUGAACAAUGGAGCAAUUUAGUUACCUAUUCAAGGCUUGCCAGAAAGUGCGAGUACGGCUAAGCCAAGAUAGUCUGGCUUCCCAUAGCUUGAUCUAUGUUCCUUUCUUGUGUUUUCUGUCUGCUAGGCAAAAGUCAAAGGGGUCACUCAAAGUUCUAAUAACCCACCAGUCUUGAGUAAUUCUGACAGAGAAUUUUGAUGGAGCUGCGUGGGCCUAAGCAAGAAAGAUAAUUUGCGAGUAAAUUUUGCCAAGCAAUUAUUCUAUAGUCACCAGAAUUAAAUUUAUCAGUUCAUGCACAAUCACACUGGGUUUACCAAUUGAAAUACUCGAGAACUGUUCGAAGGCGGAAUUAUUCGGAAAAUAUUCUCUCCAUUACUCCAAACUUUCGAAUAUUUGUGCACCCCUUAACUAUAACUUUAAAAUUGAUGCCAGCUGUCCUGUUCGUCCAUAACUUAUCCAAGAUAAAGCCUAACAUCACGUGGCUCUUCAUUUUUUGCAUUUUUUAAGACUGCACUUCAAUUUUUAAUGCUACCAGUACAUAAAACCGAAAAUAAAAGUUUUGUGGACCGUAGCAACUAUGGUAUGAAAAGACAACGACAAUGUCCUAAUACAUGGAUUGAAUGUUAAUACGAUAUUGCAUGCAAAGCUUCUAGCAAUUCGACACUGCUUGCUUAGACGUUUAUGUGCUCUUGACGGUCCACAAGACUUUUACUCCAACUGUAUGCUUAGUUUAAACCAUGCCCUGAUGGUGCUGUUAAUUGCUGUGGCAAGACCUAAUGAGCUACGACAUGUUGUUGACCAGUUUACAGUUAUUAGUUUCAGGAGUAUGCCAAUGUUAUAUUUGAGUUUUGCCAUAUUUUCUUAUUAAAGUGGACUCGAAAGUGUUA